AUGAAUACUAUGCAGGGAAUUAUGAGAGAUCUGCGGAUGGUUAUGUCCCCCUUUCUUCUUGUUCUCGUUGUCGCAAUUUCCACACCGGCCAGUGCUGCCCGUUUCUUGCUGCAAAACACUCAGCCAAUAUGCUUUGUUGAGGAGGUAGGAGAGGACACGCGGUUCUUGACGGGUGUUUACACGCGCAGUGACUCUCUGCCCUAUCCACCUACUGUUAAAAUGACCAUCAAGUCACCGAGUGGCUCGGUGACGUGGGAGGGCAAAGUUGUGGCAGGAACAAACUCUUUCAGCGCUCCUGUCUCAGCUGGGUCCAUUGGCAAGUAUCAGAUUUGUGUGAGUGUGAGCACAUGGGGAUUUAGGGCUUCAGAUGAUGGAUCAUCUGUUGUUAUGGACGUUAACAUUGACCAGAAAACAACUGUAAUAUCCAAGACGGAAGUGCCUAUGCUGAAGAGACAGAAUGUGGGGGGUAUGGAAGUGUUCACUUUCCGAGACUUUGGGGGCCAACAAAAGGAUAUCUUGCGUCCACCAGAAUACUUUAAACGCGUUGAAGGUGCGCUGUCGAAGCUGUUGAUGCAGGUGAAAGACGUUAGUUCCGGUAUUGAUCACAACAUUGAGCGUUUCUCACGCAUGUUUACCACUUCAGAAAACACCCACAAGCGCAUAUGGGCGUUUGGUGUGCUUACCGUGCUGGUCACGAUCGCCACCAUAUGGCUGCAGUUCCGCCUACUGAAGUCCACUCUGCGGGAGAAGAAGUUGGUGUGA